GUUGGCAACAAUCGCCGGAAAUGGGCAGUCUGCCGAAUCUUCACGAGCUGGAGGAGGCGGAGCGCAAGCGGGAGAAGCGACGGGAGUACGAACUUCUGCUGGAGCAGCGGGCCCGGGACACCAGUCGCGAGCGGGAGCGCCUCUCCGCGUUCGCUCAGCAGCGCAAGCAAUCGUCGUAUAAUGCUUACAUAAUGGCUGGUCUGGGGAUUGGUGGCGGAUCCUUGAGCCUCAAUGCCACCGCAGGAACUGCAACAGGUAACGGAGAGCUGCUCGGUGGCAAUGGGACAACUACCGGAAAGGGUCCGAAUCAGGCAGUGGGCACAGCUUCUGGAUUGGCCACCAGCUCAGGUGCUCCGGUGGCCAACAGUGGCUUUGCGAUGCUGGGACUGGGCAAGAAGUAUGCUCCACACUCACACCACCAUCAGCAUCAGCACCAGCAUCAGCACCAUCAGCACCGUCAUUCGCUGACCACCAGGCACAGAGUGCUUCGAACCCGCAGUUCAGGAGGAGCCCAGAACGUCUGGGAAGAGCAGAUGAUGGAGCAGCACUUCACCACAUACUCGCCGUCACCCAUUUCGACGCGGUCGCAUCGCAUAAAUCCGGUGUCCUCGUACCAGGUGCAGGCUGCUCUGGCGGCCUCGCGUCGUCGGGAGUCCAUAAACAGCUCCAUUGGAGCCACCUCCAUCCGGCGACUGAUAACACUGAACAACAGGAAUUGCCGGCACAAGGUGCCAGCCCAUGUCCGUCAAAAAGUGUGGCGCCAGUUUAGCUGUUUAAGCUUGGCUCACGGACUGAUGAACUGCGUUCUGCUGCCGGUGAUGGCGCUCCAGGGCUCCAAUGCGGUGUGGCACCAUCGGGAGGAAUGGUUGCCCCUCGGUCCGGAGGUUGGAUCCCUUCUGCUGAGUGCUCUCUUCCUGGUCGCCGCUGGGAUGAGCCUGCCCAGCAUUCGACUGAUGAAACGAUAUGGUUAUGGGCCACUAAUUGUGGCGAACUAUAUGACAGUGCUCCUAUUUCUCCUGUCGCACCUGUACGCCUCCAUUUACACCCUUCUACCUGCCUAUUUGAUGCUUGGCGUGACCUUGAGCGGAUCCGCUGGCUCCAAAGCCGCAUUGAUUGUCCACUUUGGGGGGAAGUUGAGCUGCUCCUGCGAGUCCCAGCAGUCGCAGGCGGCGGUCGAUGUCUUGCACGAGGAGCACAAGAUGUUUUGCAAUCGGGAACAGAAGGUGAGGCGUCUGGCCAGGUGGUUCAGGGUUUCGCAGGACCUGGGUCUCAUCGGAGGAGCCCUUCUGGCAUCCAUUUUGCUGGCCUGCAGCGAUGGAAACUUUACGGGAGAUUGCUCCGGAUUGGUUUACUAUGGAAACGAGAGCUGGCCACCACAACUGAGGGAUUUCUACAAUAGGAACGAGCACGGCGACAGGAUCUGUGGGGCAGACAUGUGUCCACUCAGAGUGCAGUCCAUCCUGGCGGCGGGGUGGGCCAAUGGAAGCUCCAUACCCAGUUCCAUCUAUGCUGGCUUCAUCGAAAGUGAGCCUCGAGUGGCCGGGCAAUCCCUGCUCUGGCUGUACGUUCUCUUCUCGAUGGUAUCAUUGACCCUUUCGCUGCUGAUAGUGGUGGACAAGGUGCAGGCCACAGGCUCAUCGCGACCGGAGCGUUUGAGAGAUGUGAGCAUCACGGACACCCUACUGUUUGCCGGACCCCUGGCCUAUUUUGUGGGCACGGAACAGGCGUAUAUGAUGGGUGACUUCCUGAGGGCCUUCGUUACCUGCUCCCUGGGCAUCGGAAUGAUUGCCGGCGCGUUGAUUGGCAUGGGUCUGAUGCAGCUCAUCGUCUCCUGUACCCUGAGCAUGCUGCUAAGGCACGUCAAGAGGAUCGUCGUGAUUUUGGCUGGUUUCUUCUUCCACUCCUGUCUACUGCUGGCACUGUCCAGUUGGAAGCCCUCAAGUGACGACAGCGCCCUGUUCUACGUGAUUGCCGCCUCGUGGGGUGCGUGUAAUGGGAUGUGGGAGACGCUCCUGCUCUCGCUGGUCACCCUCAAUCAUGCCAGUCAUGUAACGGAGGUGCAGGCGCCUCUGCUGGCCCUUCGCUUCCUGGGACUGGGACUGACCUUCGCCGGUCACGGCUUCCUCUGCGAAUCGAUGAAGAUCAUUGCCUUGGUGGUGCUCCUCGUCAUCAGUGUGCCGCCAUAUGCCACUCUGGAAAUCCGAUUGGAGGCGCAACGCAAGGCGACGCUCGUCAGCUUAUGACGCAGCAUCUUCAGCUAGU